AUGAGGCUGCUACAGUCAAAACCACAAGUAGAUAUUGUGCCUUCCGAGGUUUCUCUGUGUCUUGCGAAACUGGCUUCCGAAGACCUCAAACUUACCAGUAUUCGAUCUGAAAGCCAUCGGCCGUCUUCAUUUGGCGUAUACCUUGGAGAGUUUGAAAACCCACUCACAGAAACACAAGAGCGACUGUUGGAGCGUUGGGAUACUCUGGUCGUGGAUCCAUUUCAGUCCGAUGUCGCAGAAGCCAUUCGCAGCCGUAAACGGAUUUUUGUACUCGCAAGACUUGACCUCGCAAAGCUUGGUUACCCAGAAGAUGACACAGUGAGAAGGAUUGAAAAAAUCCAGGAUGCUUUGAACAGCAGAUUGAGCAAAACUGCAUUUUCUGGCGUUCUACUCGCCAACUGGGAGGCUAUCUUUAGUCUUUCCGUCCAGCAAAAGUUGUUUGAAAUUAUAACCAACCUUGGUUUGGCUGUAUAUUUGGAAACACAGCCACCGGGCUUUUUGCAAAAUAAAACUGUUUUGCAAACCAGGGCAGUGUCUGGUCUGGUGAUUCGGAAUGCCAGCAUAUUGCGCGAGGGUGAGAAGCGCGAUUAUUUUCAAAUGACCACUCUCCAGUCAACCAUCAAAGCUUGUGUUUCCGAGGCUUGCUCGAGAAACUUUGUUGUUCUUGUGUGGGAAACAGUGACUGAUGAUGCAGUCUUGUCCAAUGCUGUUGUUCGAAGGUCGCUUCAGUGGUCGAACUUCUAUAGUGCGAUUCCAUGGAUAGGCACCGAGUCUGCUCUUCAGAACUCCGAUUUGAACACGCCAAUCCUUGAGCCGCUUUCCGCUUUUGGUUGGCUGAAAGAAGCGAAGAUAAUGGAGACUCAUGAAGUCUGGCGCUCAAAUUCUGGCAUCUCCUCACCCUCUGGUGGAAAAGCGGGGUGGCUCAUUCUGGAACGUCUCUUCCCUUCAAUUAAGGGAUUUCUUGGAUCCACCGCAGAUGCGCAAAUAUAUCCAGAAGAACCACAAUUCCUCCUCCGUGACCCCCCAGACUGGAGUGCGCAUGGAAAGUCACAGGGAAAUUCAUUGUCUGUUUCAGUAAAUGGACAAGAGUACACCCAUCUUGGUUGUUUUCCUUUGGGCUCAGAUCCCAACGCUCUUGCAUUUUCUGAAAUCCUGAACUCCCAGCAACGUCUAAAAGAUUUGGGUCUCCUUGAUCCUGUUCCCACGAGAAAGGUCAAGGAGAUUGGAGCACUGCUCGGGGAAUUCCACGCGACUUUGGUGGAUUCGAGUGAUGACAGACAGCUUAUAGCCUCAGUCAAACAGCUUUCUGAUUUGGCUUUAAGUGAUGCACUGCACGUUAACCUUGCGCUAGACUCUGGCCUUAGGAAAACCCCAGAAACUCGAUUCUGGGCUGUUCAUCAAAUCGAAAGCGACAGCUGUGAGAUCUUUAUAUCCAAGAACGCACAGGGUCUAGCUGGGACCAUCCUUCAUACUUUCCUAUCUGCAAAGGGACUCUCCCGUCAUGCAUGUUUUGAAGCAGAAACAGCAUUCGCGAAAUGGUCGCAAGAUCUUUAUCCAAACCUCGGUCUUCCUCGCCGACUGGUUCAGGAUAUCGAUGAUCUCAGCCCAGAAGAACGGAUAUUACUAUUGCAGCAUCUGUCACUUACGAAUUCCGAAAGUCACACAUUAGACAGCAUAUUAUCUUACAUCCGCACAAAACUACUGGAUGCCCCUUCCUUGGCUCAAUUGAAAGAAAGCAACACUGUCCGGUACCUGGAACAAUCUGUCUCUGCUAAAGACCUUGUCGAGCGUCGAGUCAACUGGUACAGGGACCAACAAUGCAAACAUGCUUCUUUCGAAACCUCCAUCGAUCUUUUUCAUCAGGUUGACCAGGUUUUCACUGAAGUUUUGAGGACUCAUCGAGAGGAUGAUCUUGCUAGCAUCACAAAAGGACUCAGUGAAAUAGUGAGAGACGGCCAUAUUGAUGCAUAUGUCGACAUGAUAGCAUUGGCGUUAUUCUGUGCUGCGAGGAAAGGUGCCUUCGAUGAAAUUUACAUCGAAGUGACAGACCGCAACCCCUUACUCAACAAUCAGUCGGACCAGGCUGCUUCAUUCGCUGAAUCAUUUGCACUUGGCUCAAGAUGUGAGGCCUAUUUCGACGUUUCCCCGAGUGUCUUUGGAAAGCUUCUUUCUGAUCGAUUUCGGGCAUACUAUAACAUGAAUCAGCCUCCCGAUUGGGUUAAUGGGGCACCCGAACUCGCAACCACCUACGCCGGAGCUCAGAUUGAUGUCGACCCAGAUGAGAAAGCGAAGCCGAUAAGGCCUUACCAGCGAUUCACCUUCUUGGGUGUCUUUGCAAUUCCCGCUUUGAUUGACAUCAUUCUUCUCAGCAUCAUCGGACGGGGCCUAUAUCUGUCUGCAUACAUGACGUAUGAAGAGCAAGACAGUGCUACGAUAGCCUUGUUAAUCUCUCUGCUUUUAUCGGGCGCUAUUGGUACAUGGAUUGCAUGUGGUGGUCCGUACUACCUCAUAUCAAUGGCUUUUGCUGCUGCGAAUAUGUUUGUUUUUAUCCGCUUAAUUGCCGGUAUUGCCUUUACAGUAGCGGGAGGAUUGGUUGGCUUCAUCGCAAUAUCUGCUGUCAAAACACCCCGUGCGGGUAUUGUUUUCUAUCUUUAUCUUGUCGCCCUGACAAUCUACUUCUCGACCUUUGCUUGCCUCGCAAGCUUCAGCUACCCAGGGUCUCCAUUCCUCUCGGGGCGCAAGGCAAUCAUAAUGUCUAUACCAAUAUUGUUUUUGUCACCCAUCAUCACCACCUUCGUUGGAAAUGACUCGGCUAUCUACAUUGCUGUCUUAUACUUCUGUAUUGGAGUGCUUCUUCUCUGCCUACGCUCAACGACCUCCAAGUGGGUGACCUGGUAUCAAUCGAUUCGACGGACUGACGAUUAUGAAAUCCGCAAAUGGUACAUUGCUACCCAUGGUGACAACAAUGAGAAGGUCUUCGCCAACAUGAGUGAUCCAGGCGUGCUCAAGUUGGCCAGAGAAGCUCUAUUAGAGAAUGUCUUAUCAGAGAGAUCGCGUAGUAUUCUCUCUAAAUCAACGACUGAUCAAUUGGUCAAAGACCUUGCCCGGGAUUGGGAGUCAACCAACUUUCUUUUGGACUGGUAUUGCCGAUAUGCAGAUAUCCCAAAGCCCAUUCCAUUCAGUUCAAGCUGGAAUAUCCAAACAAAGGUCGCUUUGGAGACUUUACGGAGUUCACAGAAGGGCCUGCGACUGCACAAUGCAUUUAUCCACUGGCGUCAAUCAAGCAAUGACAUUGGUUGCGGUGCAUUAUAUUUUGUUGUUGCUCUGCUUGAUAAGUGGACGCAGCUCUUGUGUCGUGGCCACCUUCUUGGUUUAAGUGGGGCCUUGACGGAUGUCAAUCGCAAGGCAGCCGGCUUUGCGCUAGCCUAUUACCUGAUUGGUGCCAUUCUGAUUGAUACCAAGGCACAGGAGAUUCACGAGACCAUUGGUGGCCAAAGGCCAAAUGCAAUAAAAACAGAAGAUGAUAUUCAUGCCUCGCAGAAGAGAGUCGUGCAGUUCCGACGUAAGAUUUACUGGAGAACUCUCCUCAAAUUCCUGCUUUGGCAUGUCUGGAGUCUUGCAAUUUCCACGGCUCUCUUGUGGACCUUCGAAGCCACCGUGGAAGGCAUGGUUAUUUUCUUCGCCUAUGUGCUAUCCUAUACAGGUCUCAUCUGGUACCAAUAUACAAAGAUAUUCGCUGGGCCGUAUGCACUCAAACCUCUAAUUGUCGGAAUUUGCAUGGGCUUUCCAGUUGCAAUCGCUCUCAGAGUAUGUCUUCCUGACUUUAUUUACUCGGAGAUUAUUGGCCUCGGAGUUGCAACUUGGACUUCUGCCUUGCUGUCGUUCUGCAGCGCGAGAUUGGGGAUGCCUCCCAAAAGCAUAUCUCUCGUGAAACUUGGACACACUUUUCACGCAUUCACUGCCCCUUGGGCAGAUGCUCAAUGGUCGCAACAAGAGCUCCAAAGUUUGUUUGACUCCAUCUUACUCUUACCCGAAGAUGACCGGUUUGGCCUUGACCCUGCGGCCCACCCUGCAGUAGAGGUCAAAAGCGCUCUGUCAUCUCACAGCCAAGAAUUGCGAAUAAGGGAAGCUUUCCCAAACUCGGAAUCGAUAAUUGAUAACGUCAUCUCUGGUUGGGAUAAAGGAGAUAUAUACGUCGAGCUAGUAUCACAUAGCUCCUUUCCACCGGGAGUCCGAGCUUUGAGCUGCAUCAUCGAAAGCCAGCUGAUGAUAUUCAUUGGUAUCGAUGGUAUUCAUGAUCAGCGACUGGAUAUUUCAACCAACUGCAAGAUUAUUGCAGAGACUUUAAUUCACUCUGUUGCCGAGAUGACCAUGGGUAUUCCUCAUGAGCACGCAGCGUUGGCCGAAGGAAUUGUUUCCAGCGCUUUAACGCAAACCAUGACUGCACAGCUCCAUGGGGAAGAAAAUUCAUCUGCUGUUAUACAUUGGGCCAAGAGAGAACUUCUUCAUCACCUUUGCUUCGGAUUGGAGCCGGAUGUUAACUGGGAUAAAUUGCCUAUCGGGGUUCGAACUGCAUUGCUGAGCCGCUGCCUGGGUCAGCCUUGUAUUCUCACUGAGAGCCAACGGCAAGCCCUCAAAGAGAGCAUUUCUCAUUUUGGAACCGACGACAUAGAUUUGCAUAUAGCAAGAUGCAAUCUCAGAGUCGCCACGGCAAUCAGCAUCCUCGCAUAUCCUCGCAUUGGGCUAGGCGAAGUCCGCUUUUCAAGAGACUUUAAGACUCCUGAAUUUACCCAAUAUUUGCCCCGGAGACUUUCAAGUCCGGUCUCUUUAGUAUGCUCUCCAUUCAGCUUGAUUUAUACUAAGCUUGGAUUGAUAAGCAAGUUCAUUAUGAUUGCCUUGGUCGCCGAUCCUGAGUUCCAGAGAGAAUUCAAUCAUGUCACUCAAUCCCUGCCGACGUUCUUUCGCGUGCCCGUGGUAUUUCUUUUGAACAUGGUCUGGGUUUAUGCCAAGACUAUGCAGGACUUUGGCCUUUGGCUGUUCUUAUUACAUAGGCGCAUGAAUGUGCAGCAGCUGUGGAAGAAGGCCACAGGCGUGACCAUACACAUUAAAAAAAGCCGGAUUACCAUCGAAAAUCUCGAUGGCACGUUUACAGCUUUCAAACACGCAAGUACUGACGGUAUCCUGGAGGUUAAUCAGUAUGUUGGCGACCACAAUUUUGAGCCCUUGGAUUCGAAGGCGCUUAAGUGCCGCAGUACUUACUCCGACGACAUGCUGCUUCUCAGCAAGCAAGAAUUCAAAGACGGAAUUCUGCUUAACGAAUACCACUUUGACCACAGGGUUCCCUCCAAAAUGAGCGUCAAGCCGGGUAAACCUGCGGCCGUGCGCAUUCCACUUGGAAGACGUUGUGUACGAGGCGAUAACAACCUCCAAAGUGUUCAAUACAACCGCGAGGGUCUCAUAGAAAGUGGGUCUUACAUCAAAGAUGGUACUCUCGUCCGAUUCAAGUACCAUUAUCGAAAGAAUCCCCAAUCUGAUGACGACCUCCUUCGGGCCGAAUUUGUCAUGCCUCAUACCUCUUGCAUUGUAUCUUGGUGUGCACCUCCUCUUCACUAUGCUGAGAAGGUUGACCGAUGGAUCCCACAUUCAAGGGUGACCGAAGCAACAUUUUCACAAGGUACCAAUGUCUUCCACAGUCGUUGGAUGUAUGAUCAUAAAUUUCAUCCUACCAUUAUCACCACUAUCAAUGGAACUGAGGUGAAAACGCCUCCUAUGGUCGAACAUGAUUCCUUCCGAAUUCUUUCCAAGCCAAAAUAUACCAGCUUCGUCCAUGAUGACCCCCUAUCCUCUUGUGAAAGUCUCAGGUCGAAUGCCAUAACCCGGUUUUUGGGACUGACAAAGAAGCACUUCUCUGUAUCAACAUCCCGGGCUCGAUCUUUGAUGUGGAAGGCAUGGAAGGAUCGUGAUGACUUGGACGGAGUUACCGUCCGGUGGAUGGAUGAUCGGAUUUUGCGGCGAGAUAGUGUUCUCGCCCCUUACUGGCGCAGUCGUGACAGGGGAAAUCUAUCUGCAGCCAAAGAAUAUCUAGAUCUUCACGCGGAUGCCAUGAUGGCUAGUGCGGACUUGAAUGACGAUGUCUCCAGUUGGACUCCGUUGGCAGUCAAAAUGAGUGAUCUUUUCAACUUUGGGCCGGGUGGUGAUGCCGUUAUCACAAGGCGUUCUAAGGAAAUGUCUUCUGACAAUGACAGUACUCUCCAUGUGAUGGCUGCCGACACCGGUACGUGGCCCAACGAGGGCGGAGGUGUCUCCGCCUGUCGACGUGAUAUGGUGAACUCCUUGCGCACCAUCAGAUGGCAUAUGCUUUGCGAGUCAGCGAACGAUUUUGGGAUUCCAAAACACCAGACGGAGCAAAAUGUGGAAUCUCUGAAGAUAAUUCCUCUCUGGGGCUUGGAUUUUCUGACGCCAACACACGGUCUGUUACACAAUAAGUUGGAUUCGGAAGUAGAUGUUGUCUCCACAGCAAGCAAUUUCGACAUCAGGAUGAACUUCAUCCCGAUACUGACGACACUAGUGAAAGGAGCACGCACAGUAAACCUUUCCAAAGCUGAUAUCCAUCAAGCCACAAGGGCGCUUGUCAAUCUCAAUACGUACUUUCAAGAAUCACGGCACUGGUCGCAAGUUUGGAACAGUGAGCUUGUCAAACAAACCUGGCGUGAUCUUUGGCUCACCCAAGAAAUGCCAAAUGCGACUCCAUCUACCGAGUGGUUUGACACUGAGCUUCCAACACUGCCCUCCUUGGAUGUUGCUUUAGAGCUAUGGUACCGCUAUCUUUUCAUUUUCUCGAUUCCAGUCCCCGAAAAGAUUCCCGAUGUUUUUCAGGCUUCACAUCACAGUGUGAGUGCUUCCUAUGGCGUGGUAUGCAAGAUCAAGAGGGGCUGUACGCUACAAAUUUGGGACCACGCCAUCGCCUGGCGAGAAACGAACCUCUGUCUCUCGUCUGCGUUGUCUAAACUUUCCCCCUUUGUGCGGAAUGCCCUUCUUGGCCUGAUACGCAUCACAUCUGUCUUGACCCUUCAUCACGCGGAUGUCAUUCUUCCAUGUGCUGAUUUCUUUAACCCGGGAUGGGAAAUUGAGAUUGGAACGUGCCAGGGCGAGAUUGAGCACCGUAACAAAUUCCGUCGCAAGGUGGACCCUGUCGUCAAUGGGAUCACAGACAUGCAGAAGUUCACACCAGUGAAGAAGAUCAAAGCCGAGCGCCCGACAGUAACGAUGCUAUCUCACGUGUGGUAUGCCAAGGAUAUCAAAACCGCGCUACUUGCUGCCGAUAUCAUCAUUAACCAGUGGAAAUUUGAUGACUACCACCUAGACAUCUACGGUGCCAUCGACAAAGCACCAACCUACUCAACCGAGUGUCAGGAGAUCAUCGCCUCUAAGGGUCUUCGUGGCCGAGUUACGUUGCGUGGCACUGCAGAUCCCAUGAAAGUGUUGGAAAAAACAUGGCUCUUCCUGAACUCAUCCCUCUCGGAAGGUCUACCCCUUGCCCUUGGUGAAGCAGCUUUGACUGGGGCACCUGUUGUCUGUACAGACGUGGGUGCUUCACUUCGUGUUCUCAGCGAUCCAGAUGAUUUCUCUCGGUUUAGUGCGGUGGUCGCACCAAAUGAUGCCCUCGCCCUGGCAAGGGCUCAAAUCUCCAUGCUGGCCCUUCUAGGUGAAUGGAGCCAAUACAGUGGAGAUAAUGAGUCUGCACCAAUCUUGAGCUCAUCACCCACAGCCGAGGAGGUUACGGCAAUCACCCGUCGAAUGUAUGAGAAAACCGAGCAACGUCGUGAAUUGGGUAUGAAAACUCGCCAGAUUGUGCAAAAGUCUUUCAGCGGUGCCCGGUACCUUCGAGAGCAUGAGCAGAUGCUAUGGAUUGGCAAAUCUACUACGACAAUGGCCAACCAUACAACUGCGCUCGAGAACCAGACAAUUGUGAAAGGGCAAAUGGUCACCACCACUCAGAGCGUCGCCCACCGUCAAACAGAAGGCGACCUUGAUCCACGCAUUUUCGACGGUUCAGCUCUCGGUUCGAGCACUUCCUCCACGGACAUAGAGUCUCUCGGCCAUCUACCGGCCUUUACUCCCCGUCACUCCAGCCUUGCAAUCAAGGACACUCCAGGCGGAAACCCAGCCGCGAACCAGGUGCGGCCUCAAAGUUUCAGGUCUUCUCUGGUUGAUCAGCUCCAGUCACAGUCUCACACAGACUUUUUGUCAACUGCGGGUCGUGAGCAGUUGCGUGGCCUGCGCCGGGAGGACAUGAUGCAGUUUCGGAGCGCGGAUGUCAGUUUAAUCAUGAGCCAGGAUUUCCUUCGCUCUGGUAUGCUUUGGAGUGGCUAA